AUGCAGCAAAACACUGUCCCUCCCUCCCAAGAAACACAACCGCUGAAUGCAAACUCGCCUGAUAUGGACUCGCUUACCUCAUAUAUGAACGUCCCUGCCGCUACUGGUGCAAUAGAUGCACAUCACUCUCAAACAGGACCACCACAACCACUACAAGAUCCUUCAUUCAACCAAUUCAGAGGCUCGACGCGUGGUUAUAGUCGCUAUAGAGGUGGCAGAGGUGGAGGUGUACGUCGUGGUCCAAAUCCGUAUUACGUGAUGAUGCCACAAUAUGGUUAUACUGGAUACACCUCCUAUGCAAUGUACGAGCACAUGCCACAAUCGGUUGUCGCUCCUGCUUGUGAAGAUCAAGAUCCUGCCAAUAGCCCUCACUUGGAAAUGGUUAUGCCUGGUGAUGCAGAUACAAAAGCUCAUGCACCUGCACCUUCUGAAGUCAUCUACUGGCAACCACAAUACUCGUAUACACCAAUGGUCUUGCCUCAACAACAGACAAUGUCAUCGGCCAUGGGAGUCAAACCUGCUGAUGCAUACUCUGUAGUAUCUGGUAUGCAGAUCCCCAUGCCUCCAAUGCCAAUGUCUAUGGCUCCCGUCAUGCCGUUUCGUCAACCUGAUGGAACUGUGGUCUUUGCUCAAUAUGUGCCAAAUCAAGGCUUCUAUGUACCUGCUCCUGCACCACUCCAACAACAGCCACAACAUUAUAAUCCACCUGCUUCCAAUGGCUUCUUGAGUAGUCCGCCUAAUGGGACUGCUAAACCCAAUAUGAUGAGACCUCAGGCAUGUUUUUACCGAAAUACUCGAACACCACAACACUUGUCACAAAUCCCUGAAUUCAUUCCAGACCCAAACUAUAAUGGGUUCGCACCAGCCUCCACCGAUUCAAUGACUGGCUCCAUGUCAAACAUAAGUUUUGAGAAUCGGGCCAUAUCAUAUGCAUCUGUGGUACAGCAACAGCAACAACAGCAGCAGCAGCAGCAACAACCAUCAACCACUGCUUCAGAGUCUGCAACAACUUCAAGCAUGGUGAAUGGUCAUGCCUCAUCACCAUCCGACACUCACUCUACAAACAAUACGAGUCCGCCAUUUCAGCGAAUAUCUACACCUUCCACUUCUAGUAUCUGGACGCCAUCUCUACAACAAUCUCAACAGUCUGCUGCUUCGUCACAACAACAUCCGGCCUUGUCAGCUACUGAUGAGCCUGGAUCUCCGAAUGAAGCUUCGAGUUUGCUUCCUACUGCGCUGGUGGAUGAUGAUGAAGGGUCGUAUAGAGGCACUCCAUCAAAGUUGAUUUCUGAAGAUACUGUACCAAUAGUCCGUGAAAUGCAAACCGGCAAACUUCGAGUAAACGAACGAACCUUGACUCGUGAAUACUUUGAUAUGCUGACUGACGAAGCACUUCAAUUGGUCAAUGAACUCCAACCUCAAUCUGAAGAAAUGGCGAGAUGGGAUACUCUGAUGGCAACUCUACAAAGCUUUGUCUAUCAUGUUGUCCCUGAAGCUGUUUUGCACAGAUGUGGAUCUACUUGUAAUGGGCUGGCUAUGAUCGGAGCUGAUUUGGAUGUGUGUUUAAUAGAUACUGAAGUCGCUGGUGAAGAAGGGCUGAUAGAGAAGCUGGCUACUGCUUUCAAACAAGCUGAUAUGAAGGAUGUCAAGGUACUGACCAAGGCCAGAGUACCAACUUUGAGGUUGAAAGAUCAAGCCACGGGAAUUCGAGCAACUCUUUGCAUACAAUCACAACAAUCUUUAAAUGUCAAUCGCAUGAUUCAAGUCUAUUCAGAAAUUAAUCCACGAUUCAAACAACUAGCAUUGAUCGUCAAAUAUUGGGCAAAGAGAAGAAGCAUCAACGAACCAUACUACGGAACUCUCUCCUCAUAUUGCUACAUUCUGCUCUUGAUCUUCUUGCUACAGACUCGAGGAGUCUUGCCAUGUCUGCAAACUAUUCGACCACCCCAGCAACAGCAACAAACAGCAUCACCAACCCCUGAUGAUUACUAUUACUCUGACUUAUCGGAAUUGACUCGUCAUUGGACUUGUAGUAAUCAUGAGAGUGUGGGAGAGUUAUUGGUUGCCUUCUUCAAGUACUACUCGACUGAAUUCCCUUACGUACACGGCGUAGCCAGUGUCCGAACAGGCAGAAUCCUCGCCAAAGAGGACAAGGGAUGGACCAAAGAUAAACAACACAUGCAAGAUGCUAGUAGACCUGCUGGAAUGAAGGAACGAUACUGGUUUUGUGUCGAAGAUCCAUUCGACACAACCCAAAACAUUGGCCGUCCAUCAGACAAGGAAACCCUCUUUGAAAUCCGUGGCGAAUUCAUCCGUGCUUCCAAACUAUUCUGUGCUGGUAAUGUGCAAGAACACGUAUUGGCUCGAGUUUGUGAAGCGCUGGGACCUGCUGGUCGUCAUAUGGAUUCGUCAUUUCGUCGUGCUGGUGGUAUGGCUCAUCAUCAUCAUCAGCAGCAACAACAUCAACAGCACCAGCAACAACAACAACAUCAGCAACAGUUUGCUCAGCAACGACAAUGGUAA